CUACUUCUGCCCGCCCUCUAGCUCCAGCAGAGCGUCGCGUAUGUUGUGUGCGAGGGCCUUGACGUGCGGCUCGACGAUGAAGGUGUAGUGUGACCCCGCAAACUGCCGCACGUCCACCUUGUCGGCGUCCAUGAUGGCGAACAGCUUCACCCACACCAGCUGAGGGUCGGGCGCGUGCAGGUGCUUCUCCAUCCUGUUAGUUACAGCGAGUGGGGUGUGGACAUACAGAGAGAGGCGCAU